AUGUCGUCGGGUGGCCCAACCAGCUCGACCAGCACUACCCCGACCGCCUCCGCCGCCAUCGCGCUGCCGACCACGACCAGACGACGUGUCGCUGACGGCCCCAUGGACGCCUCCGCCGUGUCCACGGCCGUCCCGACCAACAUCAACAACGUAAGCAAGAUUAACCAGGACCUUGUCGUUUCCUCCUCGACGGACGAGGACGAGGAGAGCGACCCGACCGGAAACGGCGGCGCUGUCUCCGGGUCCGGGUCCCACGUGCACAGCAACCAUUAUUCUCCGGUGAUAAAGUACCUGCUGCUUCGCAGGAGAGUGUUCUUUUGUAUUCCCGAGGCGUGGCUGUUGUCGGUCCGGUCGGGAAGGAGCCUCGGCCGGAAGAUCUUGGGGACGUUAACGUUGAUGGCGGUUGUUUCGGUGUUCUUGACGUUCGCGUUUUUAGGGGGACACGUGGACGUUGGUUAUGGGGUGAAGAGGACGGAGGGGAGGCUUUUGAUUCUGAAGACGAACAAUGAUGAUUGGAAGGUGGCGCAACGCGCCGUCGCGGAGGAGGACCAGGCCGCCAGGCCUAAACGUAUUUUCGAGAGACUGUCGUUUUCGGAAUCGGAAUCGGAAUCCUCCAUGCCCAAACGACUUUUGGAUGAACACAAUACGAUUCCAGGAAUAUGGAUGAAACCAAGCAGUGAUGGUUUUAAUAAAUGCAUAACUCGACCCAAAAAUCGGAUCAGAACAGGAUCGAAAACAAAUGGCUAUCUCCUUGUUCAUGCCAAUGGUGGAUUGAAUCAAAUGAGAACAGGGAUAUGUGAUAUGGUAGCCGUUGCAAAGAUAAUGAAUGCCACUCUGGUGCUUCCUUAUCUGGAUCACGAGUCUUUUUGGACUGAUCCAAGUGGUUUCAAAGAUAUAUUUGACUGGAGACACUUCAUAGAGGUGUUAACAGAUGAUAUUGAGAUAAUCGAGUAUUUGCCAACCCAUUAUGCAGCUAAAAAGCCCCUUCUGAAGGCUCCCAUCUCCUGGUCUAAGGCUAGUUAUUACAGAAGAGAAAUGAUACCAUUGUUGAAAAAGCAUAAGGUUAUAAAGUUCACCCACACUGAUUCGCGUCUUGCUAAUAAUGGACUUGCAAGUUCCAUUCAAAGGCUGAGGUGCCGUGCCAAUUAUGUGGGUCUCCGAUAUACCAAGGAGAUUGAGGAUCUAGGGAAAGUUUUGGUCAAUAGAUUAAAGAAAAAUGGCAAUCCAUAUAUUGCUCUUCAUUUAAGAUAUGAGAAAGACAUGCUUGCUUUCACUGGCUGCAGUCACAACCUUACUGCAGAGGAUGAUGCAGAACUUCGGGAUAUGAGGUACAAUGUUAAACAUUGGAAGGAGAAAGAGAUAGAUAGUGAAGAGCGAAGACUCCAGGGUGGAUGCCCAUUUUCCCCUAGAGAGGCAGCCCUGUUCCUCAAGGCCAUGGGUUACCCUUCGACAACAACAAUAUACAUUGUUGCUGGGGAGAUAUAUGGCAGCAAUAGCAUGGCUGCAUUUCGCUCGGAGUAUCCUAAUGUCUUUUCUCAUAACACUCUUGCAACUGAGGAAGAGUUAGACCCCUUUAGGCCUUAUCAAAAUCGCCUUGCUGCCUUGGAUUACAUCGUAGCACUAGAGAGUGAUGUCUUUGUAUAUACAUACGACGGAAAUAUGGCGAAGGCAGUACAGGGACAUAGAAGAUUUGAAGGAUUUCGGAAGACUAUUAACCCUGACAGACAAAAUUUUGUGAAACUGGUCGACCUAUUUGAUAAAGGUGAUAUAUCAUGGGAAGAAUUUUCUUCGGAAGUUAGAACUCUGCAUUCUGAUCGGCUGGGAGCACCAUAUGUUAGACAGAUAGGAGAGGCGCCUAGGUUGGAGGAGAACUUUUAUGCAAAUCCUUUCCCUGGUUGUAUCUGUAACAAUUCACAGGAGCAAAUUGCUAGCCUGAAAUCUGACGCGAGACGGAGCAUAAGGGUUUCAUCGCAAAGAUAAGGUGUUGAGUGAUAAUAUGUGGCUCAUACUGUAAAAAGGACAUACCAUUGCUCAAGUGGCAGCGAGCUGAUAUGGAGUGCUUGCUUGCUUAAGACAGAAACUGUACUUGCUGAUUGAGCCGAGAAGUUUGGAAGCUUCCGUGGUGAUUUGCAGUACAUUUUUCGGUUAUGUUGUACCUACAAGCUACAGGCGAGGAGGACUUGAAAAGUGAUUCAGAAAUCAGACAAGGCUGGGGUGGCAUAUAGUUAGGAAAAAAAAUCAGUUAGUUUCAUUAGCACAGAGGAAUUGCCGUUGCCCAGAACGAAGUUACAGUAAUUCAUUGAUUCAUUAUUCUUUCUUUGAUAUGCUCCAAAAACUGUGAGAAACGAGCAUGAUUGUGAAACCGAAUGUAAUUUUAUACAUAGUUAUAGAAGACCACUCUUUCAGU